AUGUUUCCAGCACCUCAUUACAGGGAACAGCUUUCAAUAAUGUUAUCAGAGGUUUUAGAGGACAUUGGUGUCAAUGAACAAAUGGUGAUGAGAAAGACAAAAUUAAUGAAGAUGCUUGAGACUAUGAGUACUGUUACAAUGAGGUCAAAUGGUACAGAUAUGACUUCAUAUAUUUUAGGUAGUCAAUCUGAAGGGUCAACUACUAUAGGACUUAAUUCAGACAUAGAUUUUGUAGGAUGUGACGAUAAUGUCAAUGUUAUACAAAAUUUGUCAGAGUGGGAACAUGGCAAGCAAAACUAUCUCAUGAUACAAAAUGAAAACACUACCCCCGGGUAUUGUUUUCUACAACUGCUUCGACAUGACGAACCUCUUCCUGUCACUGAACGUCCUGAUGACCACCAUAUACUUGAAAAAAGAAAAAUUUUGAGUAAAAACACAAUUAAAAAUGACUAUCUGUAUUCUGGUGAUGAGCAGCAUGGGCCAUCCAUUGCUACGCUAGGACAAUAUGUAUUCUGUGAUAAAGACAAUGUGCUUGCUUAUCCCUGUAAAUCAUGGCCUCAAUCAGCAUUAAGUUGGUUAGAAAAAAAAGGUACAGGGAAAUGGACAAAUCAAGAGAUGAAAAGAUAUGCAGUCGAUACUCGUUGUCUUGUUGUUCCAACUGGAAGCAAAGUCAGUGUACACCCUGAACUUGAAUGGAGAAUAUCUACAUCACUGGCAGAGAGAUGCCUAAUGUUGUAUUUAAAUAUAACACAAAUCAGGUGCUAUGUAUUAAUGAAAAUGAUUCUUAAAUCAUUUCUGAAUCCUCUGGGGAAAAUAAACAUAUCAAGUUAUAUGUGUAAACAGUUUUAUUAA